CGCAGCAUGGCGGGCCUGGGGCGGCCGGGGCCGGGGCCCCGCGCCGCGCUGCCCGCCUGGAAACGGGAGAUCUUGGAGCGUAAGCGGGCCAAGCUGGCCGCCCUGGGCGGGGGCGCGGGGCCCGGGCGCGGGGCCGAGGCGGGCGCGGCGGAGCCCUCGGAGCCGCCGGCCGAGCGGCUGGUGCUGGCCGAGAGCCUGGGCCCGCUGCGCGAGAACCCGUUCAUGCGGCUCGAAUCGGAACGGCGGCGCGGGGCGCGGCGCGGCGGGGGCGCGGGGCCGGCGGGGGCGCGGCCGGUGCAGCACCUGCUGGAGCUGUACCGCCGCGUGCCGGGCGUGCGCACCAUCCGCGCCGACAACAUCCUCAUCAUCGAGUCGGCGCCCGGCUUCCCGCCCGACGGCCCCGACCCGGGCCCCGGCCCCGGCCUCGGCCCCGGCCCGGCCGCUCGCCUCCGCGCAGCCGAGGUGCUCGUGUAUGAGGCGCCGCCGCCCGCCGGCCGUGUCAGCCGCCUGCUCCAGAAGUUCGAUGCUCCGGCCGCGCCGCCCCGCCGCGGGAGUCCGGAGCGCGGCCGCCCCGCGCGGCCGCAGCCGCAGCCGCCUCCCGGCCCCGCCGCCCCGCGCGUGGGCGAGCGCGCCGCCUGCCUCGGGCCCGAGCGCGGCGCUUCGGGCCCCGGGGCGCGGCGCGGCGAUUUCCUGCAGAAGACCGGCAGCAACUCCUUCACCGUCCACCCUCGGGGCCUGCACCACGGCUCUGGCCCUCGCCCGCUCCCCAACGGGCCUGCGGCCCCCGAGUCCCGGACCGGUGCCGCCAACGGCCUCGCGGGCUCUGCGCCUGGCCCGGGCGAGUGGAAGCCAAAGGUGGAGUCGGGGGACGCCCCCGUCCACCCGCCCCCCAGCCCCGGGACCCCCAGUGCCACUCCAGCCGCGUUGCUGGCCUUGCCCACGCCCAACUCUGCCAGUGCCACUCCCAGCCAGCGCCGGUGGGUCUCUGCGGCCACCAGCGCCAAUGACUCCUUCGAGAUUCGGCCGGCUUCCAAGCCAGACAUGGAUCGAAUCCCCGCUGGGGACCUCCAGGCCCGGGCCCUGGCCAGCCUCCGUGUGAACUCUCGAAACUCCUUCACGUUCAUUCCCAAGCGCAAAGCCUCUGGGGCCCCUCGUCCUGAAGGGAGGCAGGUGGGGGCGCUGCCAGAGGGAGAGGAAGGCCUGGAGCCCGAAGCCCAGCUGGUGCCUGGAAGGGAUAGCGUGCCUGCUGGAGGGAGGAGCCUCUUGGGAGUCCAGGACGGGGGGUGCCCCAGGCCAGCGACCGCCGUCGUCGACCAGGCUGUUAGGCAGCAGAGGCUGCCCUCACCACCCCUGUGUCCCUUGGCUGCUGCGGAGGCUAAGCCUGCCCAGGGCCUUGGGGUUCCCGGCUCGGCCAAGAAUGAUGGGGAGCCUGGGAGGCCAGGGUUGCCCGUCACCUUCAUUGAUGAGGUAGACUCGGAGGAUGAAGCCCCCCAACAAGCCAAACUGCCCUGCUCAGGAGCCACGGGGCCUCCUUGGUAUCACCUGCACCCCACUGGGCCUGGGCACCCAUCAGGGCUCCAUCACCGAGGUGGUAACACCUUCACCGUGGUGCCCAAGAGGAAGCCGGGGUCCCUGCAGGCCAACGGGGACCCCAGGCCACAGGAGGCCGAGGAAGAGGAGGCAGGCAGCUUGUUGGAGACCCCUGCUGCCCUGGGGACUGCACUGAGGAAGCGCUAUCCCACCGUGCACGAGAUUGAGGUGAUCGGUGGCUACCUGGCCCUAGAGAAAUCCUGUCUCAUCAAGGCUGGCUCCUCGAGAAAGAAGAUGAAGAUCUCCUUCAACGACAAGCGCCUGCAGACCACGUUCGAGUACCCCCCCGAGAGCUCCCUGGUUCAGGAGGAGGAGGCGGAGGCCCAGGAGGGGGCGGAGGAGGAGGGGGCGGAGGAGGAGGAGGAGGAGGAGGAGGAGCCCUUCUCGCCGUUUCUGCCCCGAGCCACUUUUGCGAACAGCAUGGGACCCGAGAGCCCUCAGCUGCCGGACGGCAGCUCAGGCCUGUCCGGCUACACUCCAAAGCAUUCCGUGGCCUUCAGCAAAUGGCAGGAGCAGACACUGGAGCAGGCUCCGAGUGAGGUGGAGCCCACACCCAAGGAGGUCAUGCUCACCCCUGCCAGUCAGAACGACCUCUCAGACUUCCGAAGUGAGCCAGCCCUCUAUUUCUGACCCCGACCCUGCCAGGAUGGCCAAGGCUGAGCCCCAGGAGACGGGCAGUGCCCAGAAGGCCCACCCCUUGCUCUGUGUGCGCGCACACACGCACUCACACGCCGCCUGCCGCCCUGUUGGGCUCUGCCCCGCCAUAUCCCACCCUUCCUUCCUGGGGUUGGCCUGAGCCUCGGGCACCGGGGUCUCCUGCUUCCCUUGGGGCUGAGUUUCGCUCUCCAGCCCUGGUUUGGGGGUGCUGCCUAUGGAGGAUGCACAGGGUCCUGCUGGACACCAUGCCAGCAGGUGUCUGGUGCACGUGUGAAGGGCUAGCCUGGCUGCCUCUCCUCCAGGGGACUUCCAGCCCUUCCCAGCGCCCCCCCCCCCCCAACUACAGACCUCACCCCACCCCCUUUGUCACGAAUGGCAAGUUUUUUCUUGCCUCUGAUGAUGGAUUCAAUAAAUAGCACUGGACAAGGC